UCUCUCUCUCUCUCUCCUCCCCAACCAAAUGGCGUCGUCUCAUCUCGGCGCCUGUACUCCACGCGCCUCCCAUUUCUACUUACACCGCCACAGGUGCCGAUGCCCGAUCCUUACGGAGCAGCCGCGGACGGCGCCCGUUUGGGAGAAUCGGGAACAGAGGAGUCAGCUUGAGGUUGAGGGCGUCGUCUUCGGAUGGCGGCGGAGGCGGAGACUCGUACCUCGGAAUGUGGAAGAAGGCGGUGGAGAGCGAGAAGAAGGCGGUGGAGUUCCAGAAAAUAGUGGAGAAUUCAGCUCCGGCGGACGGCGAGGGGAUUGUGGAGAAUUUGGAGAAGAAGAGCCAGGAGUUCGAGAAGAUUCUGGAGGUUUCGAAGGACGAGAGGGAUCGGAUUCAGCGAAUGCAGAUCGUUGAUCGGGCCGCGGCGGCGAUCGCGGCGGCUCGCGCGCUUUUGAAAGAGAGCGGCUUAAAGAAGGAGGAGUCCGGUUCAGGUGGAGUGAGGAGUGAAAGUGAACCGGAGUUAGGUGGUUUGAGGACUGAGCCGGACGGCGAGGCUCCUGUAGAAGAAGUGUUGAUAGGAAUGCAGGAUGGGAGUGUAAUUGUGCCUCUGUCAGAAGGUAGUUCAGGAGCUGUGACUCCAGGUCCAGAUUUUUGGUCGUGGACACCGCCGAGUAUUGAUAGUUCAGAUGACUUGCAGGCAGCGAAAAAGCCUUCGGCAAAUCCAAACUUGAGUCUUCCGUUGAAGGAGAAAGAGCGAUCCUUGGAUGUUCUCUCAAUUCCUCUUCAGAGUAUUCUGUCGAACCCUCUUCUUCCCCCUCUGCAGUCACUGAAGGAGGUUGAGAAAGUGGAUGUCGCUGAGUCUACUUCCACAAAAGAUGAACAUGAACUUGGACAUGAGUUUUCCAUACAUGCUGCAGAAGCUGCUCGUGCUCUUGAUAAGAUGGAUGAGGAGUCAUUAUCUGGUGUAUAUACAGAUGGAGCUCGGUGGUGGAAGGAAUCUGGAGUUGAGCAAAGGCCGGAUGGUGUGACAUGCAGGUGGACAAUGAUCAGAGGUGUCAGUGCCGACCAAGUUACUGAGUGGCAAGAGAAGUACUGGGAAGCUGCAGAUGAGUUAGGCCACAAGGAGCUUGGUUCAGAAAAAUUGGGACGUGAUGCACAUGGAAAUGUCUGGCGUGAACAUUGGAAAGAAGCUAUGUGGCAGAACUGUGGACUUGUGCAUAUGGAGAAAUCUGCAGACAAAUGGGGAAAGAAUAGUAGAGGCGAUGAAUGGCAAGAGAAAUGGUGGGAGCAUUAUGAUGCAUCAGGCCAAGCAGAGAAGUGGGCUCAUAAGUGGUGUACAAUUGAUCCAAACACUCCGGUUGAUGCCGGUCAUGCUCAUAUUUGGCAUGAAAGGUGGGGUGAAAAGUAUGAUGGACAUGGUGGGAGUGAUAAAUACACUGACAAAUGGGCAGAACGCUGCGAGGGAGAUGGUUGGUCGAAAUGGGGUGAUAAAUGGGAUGAACAUUUUGAUCCAAAUGGCCAUGGUGUGAAGCAGGGUGAAACAUGGUGGGAAGGCAAGUAUGGGGAGCGGUGGAACAAAACAUGGGGCGAAGGUCACAAUGGUUCAGGGUGGGUUCACAAGUAUGGGAAGAGCAGCAGUGGUGAUCAUUGGGAUACACAUCAGCCGGAAGACACCUGGUAUGAGAGAUUCCCUCACUUUGGUUUCUAUCACUGCUUUGAGAACUCAGUUCAACUCAGGGAAGUUCGAACUCCAUCAGAGCUUAUGUCUUCAGAGACUUCAUCAGACAUGCUUUCAGAAACUUCGUCAGAGACGCCUUCAGAGACUUCAUCAGAGAUGCCUUCAGAUACUUUAUCCGAGAUGUCUCCCGUGGCUUCAACAGAGAUACCUACUGAGACUUCAUCAGAGAUACCUUCAGAGACUGCAUCAGAGACGCCUUCCGAAGUUCCAUUGGACAUGUCACCAGAUAGUCCAGCGGAGUUGCCUUCAGAACUUCUCCUGAAGAGACAAUCAGAGGUGGCCUCAGAGAUGUCAUAAAUCAUUAUCCGAGGAAGCUGCAAAAGGCAAUCUAUAUACAUGGUCAUAGUUUGAUCCCCGUUUCUGAAUAAUGAGAGUGCAGUAUAUAGUAUAGUAUUUCUUUCUAGGCUUUAGUAUUUGCCGGUUUUUUGGUUCUUGUGU